ACGUCAUAAACACGUAAACUCGGGCUCCGACAAUUUUGCGAUAAUGGCGACGAUGGCUCAGUGGUGGAAAGGGACACAGUGAAAGCUAAGCGUCGGCUCGGCUAUGUCUGGUUAUCCUCUCCGGGUUCAUUUGCUGCCUACCAACUGUACGGGAUUCGGGUGAUUCUGCGGCCUUUGAACGUCUCGUCACUCGCACGGCUGAUUUCCAUGUCUGUCUUGUGAACACCUUAAACCAGAUCAUCUGGACUACACAUUGUCCAUUGCUGAUCAUCCGUGGUUGGGGCAGGCCUGGCUUCCUAGUUAGGUGACCCACACUCCUUCACAGGGGCCAUGGAGGAAGAGGGGCAGAAGAGCUUGGAGUGUAUCCAAGCCAAUCAGAUUUUCCCCAAGAAAUCCCCCGUCCUGGAGGAGGAAAACAUGCAGGUGCCCUUUCCUGAGCUGCAUGGGGAGUUUACUGAGUAUGUGGGGAGGGCAGAGGAUGCCAUCAUUGCAAUGUCCAACUACCGCCUACACAUCAAGUUCAAGGAGUCUGUUGUCAACGUGCCUCUGCAGCUCAUCGAGAGUGUGGAGUGUCGUGAUAUGUUUCAGCUACAUGUCACCUGUAAGGACUGCAAAGUUGUCCGGUGUCAGUUCUCCACCUUUGAGCAAUGUCAGGAGUGGUUGAAGCGUCUCAAUGCAGUCGUGCGCCCCCCCUCUCGCUUGGAGGAUCUCUUCUCCUUUGCCUUCCAUGCCUGGUGCAUGGAUGUGUACGCUGGUGAGAAGGAGCAGCAUGGCGAGCUUUGCAGACCAGGUGAACAUGUGAUCUCCUGGUUCAAAAACGAGGUGGAGAGGAUGGGGUUUGACACUCAAAACGCCUGGAGGAUAUCUGACAUCAACUGCAAGUUUAGGCUUUGCCCCAGUUAUCCCCAGCAGCUUCUGGUACCAGCCUGGAUCACUGACAAGGAGCUGGAAAAUGUGGCAGCCUUCCGCUCCUGGAAGAGGUUUCCUGCAGUUGUUUAUAGGCACCUGAGUACAGGGGCUGUGAUUGCCCGUUGCGGCCAGCCUGAGGUCAGUUGGUGGGGCUGGAGGAAUGCUGAUGACGAGCACCUUGUGCAGUCCAUUGCCAAGGCCUGUGCUGUGGACAGCACCUCUCACAAACACCUGUCCAACGGAACCUACUCCAAUGGCUCUGACCUGCCGGAUACUGAUUUUGAGUCCUCCAUGACAAACAGCUCAGAGGUGGAGACGUUGGCCAUUCAGCCUCACAAGUUACUGAUCCUGGAUGCCAGGUCCUAUGCAGCUGCUGUAGCCAACCGGGCAAAGGGAGGAGGCUGUGAAUGUCCUGAAUACUAUCCCAACUGUGAGGUGGUGUUCAUGGGUAUGGCCAACAUCCAUUCCAUCCGCAAGAGUUUCCAAUCCUUGCGUUUCCUCUGCACUCAGAUGCCCGAUCCAGCCAACUGGCUGUCUGCACUGGAGAGCACCAAGUGGCUACAGCACCUAUCCCUGCUUCUGAAGGCGGCCCUGUUGGUGGUCAAUGCUGUGGACAGGGACCACAGGCCUGUUUUGGUGCAUUGCUCUGAUGGCUGGGACCGCACUCCUCAAAUUGUUGCUUUGUCAAAGCUACUGCUGGACCCGUACUACCGCACCAUAGAGGGCUUUCAAGUUUUGGUGGAGACAGACUGGUUGGACUUCGGCCACAAGUUUGCCGAUCGCUGCGGCCAUGGAGAAAACUCGGAGGACGUGAACGAACGCUGUCCAGUCUUCCUGCAGUGGCUGGACUGCGUUCACCAGCUGCAGAGGCAGUUUCCAUGCUCCUUUGAGUUUAAUGAGGCCUUCCUGGUGAAGCUGGUGCAACACACCUACUCCUGUCUGUUUGGCACCUUCCUAUGUAACAGCGGCAAAGAGAGGGAGGACCGCCACGUUCAAGAGAGGACCUGCUCAGUCUGGUCCCUGCUGAGACCCGCCAACCGCACUCUGAGGAACAUGCUGUACUCUUCACACUCCGAGACUGUUCUCCACCCUGUGUGUCACGUGCGCAACCUGAUGUUGUGGACCGCAGUGUACCUGCCCAGCUCCUCUCCCACCACCCCUUCAGAUGAGUCCUGUGCUCCAUACCCUGUGCCCGGCAGCAAUCCUGAGGAAGCGCCCCUGGGCAGAUGCACGAAGACUCGCUCUUUCGAUAACUUGCCCAGUGCUUGCGAGCUGGGAAGCUUGCUGGCUCCUAACCGCCGCUCCAGUGACCCAAACCUCAAUGAGAAGUGGCAGGACCACCGGCGCUCUCUGGACCUCAAUAUGGCGGUGGGGCCAGAGGGAGGGGCGGACCAGGAACAGGAAGUGCAGUGUAAUGGAUUGGAUCUUUACGUGAAUGGAUUGGACUCUGAGCUGGAUGACAGCCCGCAGCCGUGCAACUCACACUCUGACUUGGCAGAGGGAGCCUCCAUGAACUCAACAACAACCAGAGAGGAGGCAGAGCUGUCUGUGGCGGUAGGUGUGGCUGAGGGCCAGAUGGAAAACAUUCUUCAAGAAGCCACCAAGGAGGAGGCGGGAGCAGAUGCUCAGAGAAUUGUAAGUGCUGUUGUCACUCACAUCAUUAACACAGCUGCCAUGGAGGAGGAGAUGCUCUCAAGAACUGCUGAGGAUGAUCAGUGUGCUCAAAUCAACACAACUGACAUACAAGAAGCGCUUGCUAAUGGUCUCCAUCCACAAAAUGGUUUCACGGAGGCUGAGGAGAGCAGUGACUCUACUGCUGUGUCUGCACAGACGGUUGAAGAGUUUGAGCAAAAGGAAGAUGAGGCAGUCCAAACACCAGAGCAUGCUGAGAAGCAAUUUUUGGAGAAUUGUUCUGAGCAGUUGGAACAAGCUCAUGAAAACUUUCAGUCCAGCUCAGGCGAGCCGGAGCUGCUUGCAGCUCAUAGAACUCAGAUAGCUAACGGCCAUGACGGAUCACCUGAGGAGCCACGUGCAGAUGAGGAGACCAGUUAUGGUUGUGACACUGACAGAGGUAUGUCAGAGUCUGGAGAACAGACGGAUAAGAAGGCCUCCCUAAUGGAAAGCUCCACAGAGACUUUGACAGAGGAGAUCUGCAGCAGGUUUGAGCCCCCUGCACCACCACCUGUCUGUCAGAGCCGUCAGGCUUUUAGCAAGGGCCAACAACUUUCUUCCAGGAAAGAGAAAGUGCUGGAGACGGGCGAACACAGCUUUAUCAGAACUUUAAAUGGGGGCAGCAAGCGACCCUCUGUCAGUGCCUUUCAUUAUGCAAGUGCUGACCUCAUUCGGGACGGUCUUUGUAACAGUGACAGUUCUGAUGGUGAACCUUGCGGAGGACCUCACUGGCUCAAAAGUGAGCAGGCCCCGCUGAGCCGACAGGUGUCCCUGGCAAGCUGCAACUCCCUGAUCCUUCACCACCGGGGAAGCUGCUCACAGCACCGCUGGUGCCACACUCAGCAGGGCCGGGUCGCCGUCAGUCCAGAGCCGCCGUCACGCAGCCACCUGGAUGACGAUGGGCUGAUGCUGCACACGGACGCUAUCCAACAGAGACUGAGGCAGAUUGAGGCAGGACACCAGAUGGAAGUGGAGACGCUGAAGAAGCAGGUACAAGAACUGUGGAGUCGUCUGGAAAAUCAGCAGCACAUCGGCUCCCAUCGCAUCAACGGUGAUGGAGGAGAUGAAAUGACAUCCAUGACGGACUCUGAAUACAAUGUGGACCCCAACUGUCUGUCUCGCUGCAGCACAGAGCUCUUCUCUGAAGCUAGCUGGGAGCAGGUGGACAAGCAGGACACGGAGGUCACCCGCUGGUACCCCGAUCAUCUGGCAGCCCAGUGUUAUGGCUGUGAGAGCAGGUUCUGGCUGGCCACCAGGAAGCAUCACUGCAGUGGCAGGGAGCCUGUCCAGGAGGUCUGGAACUGUGGUAAUGUUUUCUGCGCCAGCUGUUGUGACCAGAAGAUCCCAGUGCCAAGCCAGCAGUUGUUUGAGCCCAGUCGCGUGUGUAAGACGUGCUAUGGCAGCCUCCAACUCAAUGCGCCCCCACUGGAGAAACCCAUCACAGCCAGCUCCAACUGAGCCUCGGAGAGAGGAGGCGGAUGCCGGCAGGACGGAAGGCCCAGCCACAGCUGACACAGGCACACUGCUGAAGAAUGCCACAGAAUGUCCCGUGUGUGUGUUUGUGCCUGUGUGUGUUCGUGUGCGUGCAUUGCAGAACUGGACUAAAACGUCUCCUUCCGGUGGCAUGUUGCUUUGCACAGUGGGAGGAUGUAGGAGGAAGUCCCUCAUCGGCCACACAGAUGACAUGGUGGCGCUCAUGGGUCGUGCACUAAGGAGCGAGAAUGAACUUCCUGGUGCCUUGGACCAGGAGGCAGGAGGUCAUCUCACUGUGUUGCUCAAGUUUCCUCUAAAGGCAGGUUCAAGUCCACUUUAAUCCCAAAUUAAGCGCACACUUCCUGUCUCUUCUGGGCCCAUUAUGUUGCAGACUGGACUUUUGUUUGACCACCUUCAUUGUAAUCAAAUUGAUAAUUCAGCCAGUCAUCAGGUGCACAAUCCUUGUGUUCCACAAUCACAUCGGACAAAUGCAUUGAUUAUCAAUACCUUCGAGUAGCACUCAGUACAGUGGAUCCCCGCACAUUUGCGAAAACAAAAUUUACAGCCCUGCAAAUUGCGGAUAGUUUUUUCUCCGAAAAUAGGCCAUUGUUUUCACAGAAAACGUAUCUCGUUUACGUGGAUAAUAGUUUAUAAAUAGAGUCUGUAAUAAUACAGGUACAGCAUACGUGUACCACCGUUAGAAAGACCACACUUUUUGCAUGUUUGCAUCUUAAUGCUUUACCGAUAAUGUUUUUUUCAUCAAGCAUUGAGAUUUUUCACUUUGUUUGGCAGUCCUUAAAUGCACCAUAGUUGCUGUGAAACGCAAAAGUGAAACAUAUGUAGUUGUACACCGUGGUUCCCAUUCCAUCUGUUCAUGGAUCAUCUUCCAUUAUCGUUCAUUAGUGGUGAGUAACUACAUUUUCUUCUUUAAAAUGUGUGAGGUUCUGGAGCUGAAGCGAAACUAGUAAUUGCAACAGUCACUUUUAUUGCAAAUGUUGAUCCAAAAUCAGAGGAGAGAGCCUCAACGUCAAGCUAAAAGGAGGGUUUGGAGGGGAAGACGCGAACCAUAUAGACAUCUUAAUGGGCAUAUAUUACUUGUGAAAAGCGGGGAUCUACUGUUCGAUAAACUUGAUAUAGAGUCGAUAUCAGCUCUAUUUGAUUUGAAUUCUACUAUUUUUUUUGAGUCCUCAGUGAGACAUCCUCGCUGCCUGGCAGACGUUCAAUGACCUCCUUGCACACACGAUGGUCAUUUUGUAAAAUAAAGGAAUAAAAUAAUAUAUUCAGAUACAUCUUAUAGCAUUUAAGUACAAAAACUAUAGAGAAUAGUGGCUCACUAAAUUAGUCACCAAAAAGUUUUGUUGUUGUUUUUUUUUUUUUUUUUUUUUUUUUACUUUUUUGUUGUUUUUGGUCUUAAGUUGAUUACAGAAAUUAUCAUAUAUAUAUAUAUAUAUAUAUAUAUAUAUAUAUAUGUGUGUAUAUAUAUAUAUAUAUAUAUAUAUAUGUGUAUAUAUAUAUAUAUGUGUAUAUGUAUAUAUAUGUAUAUAUAUGUGUAUACGUAUAUAUAUAUAUAUGUGCGUUUAUAUAUACAUGUGUGUCUAUAUACUGUAUAUCAGUGGUCCCCAACCUUUUUUGACACAUGCACCGGCUUGUGUUCCCACAAAUCUCCUGCGGACCGGGGUGGGUUUGUACAUUAUAGCGAUCUAAUUUAUCUUAUUUAUUAUGUAUUGUGUAAAACUGAGACAUGAAUAACAUCAAAUUAAAAGCACAAAAUGAAUGCUGACCCACCAUCCACCAGUUCAAGUUCCAGCCAAGUGUUUCCAGAGAGAUUAUUACAUCGCUGUUUGAUGUGUGUGGUAAAAGGCAGUGUGCUAGCAUGAAUUCACUUGAGACAAAUGUGCACAUUAGCACUCAAUAAGUCAUCAAAACUUACCUUUAUGCAUUCCCACAUAGUAUCAGCAUUUGACACCAAAUGUGAGGUGAAAGAAAAAUGGUAAAAAUACAGUAGUAGUCUAUCUGUGCGGCGAGAAAAAGUUAGCACACGCACAAUGGACAUGCGUCAAGUGAGACGGAUGUAACAGAAUCCGGCCACUUUUCAAAAUAAAACAAAAAAUAAAUAAAUAAAAUAAUGAAAAUUAUUUUUUUUCUGCCCGAGGGUUGGGGACCAUUGCUGUGUAUAUAUAUAUGCAUAUGUGUAUGUAUGUAUGUGUGUAUAUAUAUAUAUAUAUAUAUAUAUAUACAGUAUAUAUAUAUAUAUAUACACACUUACGAUUUAUAGCCUGUAAAGGACACAGGUGUGUGUUUUGUAAAUUUAUAGAAGCACAGGGCAUCCUGUUGGAAUGCUGUUUUAAUUGUUUUAUUCCAGCCCCUUCACCCCCCACCCCCUUUUUAAAAUGCGAUUAUUUAUUUUGUUAAGCAGGAGUUUGUUGAAUUUUGGAUUCUGACAAUUCAACUGCCACGUGAUAAUCAGUGUUUUUGACAUGCUGCGGCCACUUAGGAGUGACAUGCCUAUGCACACACACACAGAAAACAGUGGUCUGAAACAAGCACCCCAUCCAAACCUUUAACCCCCCCGACCAAACCCCCCGCACUCCCUCUCAACCAUACACACAUUAUCCCAUUCACCUAUAAACACUACCUCUACUCACUAGAGACGCACUACAUACACACGCACACACACACACAAACACAUGUAUAGUUGCUUAGAGAUUCUCACGUUCAGGAAGACGGCGCCUUUCUCCUCAUUCAUCUUGACUUCCUGUAUGUGUCAGCAGCAGUGAGCCAAGUUGCUGUUUGUUCCACACACAAAAAAAAACAAAAAACUAGUCGAUGCUGUCAUUACUCGUCUUUGUUUUCCUUCUUUUUGAGACUCCUGUUUUGUAAAAAAUAAGCAGAUGCUCGAGUGUGCUGUGACACUGCAACUUCUCAGCUGAGACACUAAAAUGACCGUUGUGUCAAAAGUACAUCGGACAGUCAUGAAGGUUGACACUUAGACACCAUGAACUGAGACAGUGGAACACAGCGUUGCCAGACGCAUGACAAUGAUCAUAUUUGUACGAUAUUUUCACCCUGUGUGCAUACAGUCAAGGUAAAAAAAAACAUUGGAAGCCCUGUGCUUCUCUGUCAGAUAAUGCACCGCCUCUGUGGUGGGAGUAAGUCUGUUAAAAAAUGGUUACCAUUACCGACAGUGAAAUGCGGCACGGUUAUUAUGCACUAAGACCAGUUGAAAAAUUGCAAGAAUUUACAUUUUGCACUGUUGGAUCUUAAGGAGCUGCAAUUGGCUGGCAACCAGCACAGGGUGUACCCCGGCUCUCGCAUUAAAUUUGAAUUAUUUUACAUAUUCGAAGGUUUUUCAAAAAAGUAACACAUUAAUUGCUAACUCAUAACUGUAUAGAUUCUGGCAUGAUAAAUUUGUCAUUUCCCUUCUGGCAACACAAGUGGAAUAUCUCUUAAGUCCACUUAAAUCACAUGAAAUGAUACAUGACCGCACACUAGACCAAAGCUGAAGUUGUUCAUUUCUCAGCAUUUUCCAUUUGUCAUGCGCUUGGUGUGAGUGAGUGUGUGUAUACAUAAGAAUGUCAAUCAAGCAUCACAACUGUGUGUGCGUGUUCGUGGUCGUGUUCCAGUAGAGACGAGUGCCAAGCUGUUUUAUUUCAGGUCUCUCACGUGUGCUUUUUCCUCCUGUCUGAUAAGCACUUUUGAACCCUCUCCUGUCUUUUCAGAGGAAUGUGUUUAGCUGUACAUAGCCAUUUCCUGUUCCGACAAAAGUGCUCCUUGUUCAUUCGGAAUAUUUUCUUUUAAGGAUUUACUUUAUUGUAGAGUUUAAAAAGGAGAAAUAAAGUAGAGGAAGCAGCUGUGUAGUCUUUUCAUAAAACAAAGCAUGGUCGUUUCUAGCUUUGUGGGGGCCUUAGGCAAGAUGCUGGGGGGGCCCUAGUUUGUCAGUCUAGGAUGAAGAGAUUCCCAACCCUUGGGGGCAAACAGGCUAGUUCGUUAGGCAUAAUAAGAUUUUCGUCAACACCCAAACCAUAGGAAAACUGGGGCGUUGUCUUCAGUAGAUAUCUAAAAAGGAAGAACAUUGUUUGAUGGUUAACAUUACCUUUUAUUGAAUGCAAACUUCAAUGACAGAAAAUAACAACCAAGAGAAAGAAUCAAGAUCCAAAAGCGCUGCUGUAAAUAGGUCAUGCUCGCUGAUGUGACCAAUGGAGGCGGUCUUACCGGCUCGAAAGAAACAACACUAGAAAUUGACCUUUGACAUCUACUAGACUUGAUCUCACGGCACAGACACGAGACGUUGUGUACCAGAAGAAGCGGCAGCAGCAGUGGACUAAUAAGAGCAAGCUGAGGCUGCACUCACUCUAGAAACAACACAAGGCAACGUUGUUAGAAGUCUUCUACAAAGAUGACAGCUGUCAAUCAAAGCAUCUGGAAAAUGACUAUAGAAAGGAGAUCUAGCGGAGGAAAGAAAGACUGGUCAUGUGACAAGAACAAGUUUGUACAGCCUGUUCAAAUCCAGUUUCAUGUGCAAAGUGUCGCCUCCUUCGUCAUAAAUGCAAAUACAUCAUAUUCAAAUCUGUCGUCUCCCUGCAACCGCUUUAGAAACCCUAAAAAAAAAUAGACAUGGCUUUACUGGCCGACUAUUCCCUUUAUAAAAACUCUUGACAGCAUUAUAUACAUUUACUCUGCUCUAUUACAAGGUUCUCAUUUCCCCCCAAAAGCACGUGUCAGGUUUGCGUGGUCGAAUGAGGACGGACUGUUUCAGGCAAGAUGGCCGACAGUCAAGCGUUAAGUCACUACUGGCCUUUCAGAGAGGAGCAAGGACAACCUCUCACACUGAUGACUGAUCCCACACCUGCAGGACAACAAGAGGGGCAAAGGAUGUUAGCAUUACAUUCAAGUAAAUGAGAAAAUACUGGGUGCACGUUAACCUUUGGAGCCCAGGGUAGUUUUAUGUACUUUUGUGUUUACUUCCAUAUCUCACCUUAAAACUGUUUGCCUCCUUUUUUACAGUCAGCCUCGCGUGUGUGAUGGUACAAUUAUGCUUACAUGUUGGCAUAGUGUAUUGGGCCAAAAAACCUACAAUCUCAAUAGGAUUUUUUUUUGUAUUAUAAAAAUGUAUGUUUCAUGUUUAAUAAACCCUUCUUAUAAGUUACAAUGCGAUACAAAACGUAUAAUUAAAAAAGAAGUAAUGACAGAAUUAGCAUACAACAAACAUGAAUGGCGUCAAAUAGUUACGACAGUAAUCUGUCAUUUACCGUGGUUAACUUGUUCCAAACUUGACCGUGAUAGGUUAAUUUCAGCAACGUAGUAUUCCUUAUUUAUAAAGGCAAUAUUUUCCUAGGUAUGACAUCUAAAACCUGUUUACGACAUUCUAUUUUUUUUCUUUUUAGAGCCCUCUAGACAUGAAAUAACAUUACUAACCUUUGCACUCAUAUUACCAAAUAUAACAGACAAUCAGAGAAAAUAAGCCAUUUAAGAAAUAAAAAAAAAAGACUCAUGCUCAUGUUGCAGUAAAUGUGUUCCAGUGCUAGGGGAGCUGAGUAGGGGGCGGACAGGAAGUGACAUUGGGGAUUCAGAUUGAGUUUUAUCUUGACGCUGGUUACAGCCGCUGUGUUAGGGAUUAUUGCGCCUGUUGUGAGAUAAUUCAAACCUGUAAUAAAAGCCUGUUUUUCCGGUGAUGAGGUCUGGUGCUGCCUGAUAAUUGUAUUUUAGUUUUAUUUAGCCAAUUUCAUGCUUGAGGGCUCUAAGGUUUAAAAAAAAACCAAAAAAAAACGUAUUUAGAAGGUCGUAAAGAGGUUUUCUAUGCCCUUAGCUGUGAAAAUAUUCCAUUUGGAAGAACCCUACUUGACGGAAAUUUACUUAUCACGGUCAUAUGAUGGCCUUUGAUGGCCCGAUUGACACGAACUGAUCAUUUCCUACUGGAACACUUUUUGGGAAUAUGGACAAUUUAGAGGUUGACCAGGGUUUACUGUAGAUCAGGGGUCACCAACGUAGUGCCCGUGGGCAUCAGGUAGCCCCCCACGACCACAUGAGGUGCCCGCAAGCCUGCUUUUCAUUCAGGUUUUCAGUUAAUAAUGAAAG